AGUAUAGUUUUGAUUCGUUCGAAUUUAUUAUUUCCUUGUACUACACUACUACGGAGUAUUUUUUAUAUUCCCACAUAAUUAGUGGCUAUCUACUAAGUAAUUAAGAUAUCAUCAACCAAGUUUUUUUAUAUGGUUUGGAAAACAAAUAUUUGGCAAAACUUUUUAUUAUAUAAAGUAGUCAUCAAUUAAUUCAUUUGAUCACCACACAACUCUAGUUUCUCUGAGAAUUAACAUGGAGAAGCCGGAAAGUAUAAUUCCGAUAGGUUCACCGGCUGCUGAACCGGCAUAUACUCCGUUAAUGGGAACAUCAUAUCAUGAUCAAGGCCAAUGGUCUAGUGGUCUUCUUGACUGCACCUCAGAUAUCCAACUGUGUUGUCAAACAACUUGGUGUCCAUGCAUUACCUUCGGGCAAAAUGCAGAGAUAAUUGAUAGGGGAUUAUCAUCAUGUGGGGUGAGCGGAGCUCUAUAUGGCAUAAUUGGAUUUCUAUCGGGCUUACAUUUUGUUUACGCAUGCGCCUAUAGAACCAAGCUCAAGCGACAAUAUGGAAUAUCGGCAAGUCCUAUUGAAGAUUUGUGUACCCAUAUUUGGUGCCACCCUUGUGCCUUAUUUCAAGAGCAUCGCGAGCUUCAACACCGUGGUUAUGAUGUUCCUCUCGGAUGGUAUGGUAAUUUGGAGAAGCGAAAUGGGGGAACGGGUAUGGAUAAUCCCCCUGUGGUGCCGGGCGGUAUGACCCGUUAGAUCAAAGAUGCAUCUGCUUUUAUAGUUCAUUUUCUAUAAUUGGCUUUUUUUUUUGUAUGUUGUGUUUUUAUGUAAUUCUAUUUAUGAACUAAAUCAUACCUUCUUUAAGUCCCAAUGUUUAUGAGGCGUAGGGGAGUUAAGUUGUUAGUUUAAGAUUAUUUUCUUACUAACAACUUACUAAGAUAAAAAGGAUUAAUUAGCUAAUUAAUAAUAAUAAAAAAGUGUAUUGUACUUUAAAAUAUUUAUCGUAUGGAGUGUUUGUGAUGUGAAUUACAAUUGUGUUUGGUUUUAAUUUUUUGCGCCCUAUCUUACUAUUAAUAAUACUAUCAUGAGCCAAAUUAGGGCUUCUGUAUGAUUGUAAGAAGAUACAUUUUGGAAUGCGAUCAAAUUAAAAUAGAUAAGUUAGGUUGAUAGGCUCUUAAAAAACUUAUACUUGUAGUAUCUAUACGUAGUAUUUGAAUAACAAAAAGGAAAAAAUGGUUAUUUUUUAUCUAUACCCCUCUCUCUCUCUCUCUCUCUUCUUUUUUUUUCUUUGACGGACUGUUCUCUUUAAAAACCAAAGGUAUCAUUUCAAUAAUUGCUCUUUGAACAACUAUAAAUAAUUCAAAAACUACGGAUUAUAUGCUAUAGAACAAAAUAUAUAUCUAAAUAAUCUCCUAGCUAAAACCCUAAAGAAUAAAAAGAAAAAUUGUUAAUUCCUUCGCACAUUGCAAAUGAUAACUUGGAGCACUACUCGCAUAUACGAAGUAUAAUAAUCCAUAUAUUCUAAAUCAAGCUUUACAGUUAUAUGAUUGAGCACCGAAACCCCAACUUUAAUCAUGAU